UCGCGAAUCGCGACUCGCAGCGGCAGUCCACCUGUGAACUCCAAACGAAACGAGAGCGAGUCCAGUAAUGGCCGCCGUCCGGGUGUGAUCGUUUCCUCGCUCGUCAGGUCGUCCCCGCCCGAGGACUCCGAAGCGUGUCCCGUGAUUGCCAGUCCCGCGGUCUCGUAGGACGCGCCAGCGGACAUUGAGUCGGCAGUAUGUGUCCGCGGUCGCAGUUACGGGCACUCUCGUGCGCUCGCUCACUGCCCGGGCAGCCCGGGGUCGCGAUGUAGCUCGCCGAGGUUCUCCCAAGCCCAUCCUCUCUCAUCGAUGAGUCGCGAGUCGUCGGGCGUGUUCCUCGCACGGCUACCGAGAUUCGCGGAUCGCAUGACGUCGCCGUCGUCCUGGUUUCCUUCAAGUGCCUUUCAACCCGUUCCCCGCUGUCGAAGGAGCAUCGGUUCCGCGAGGGUCGCGAGUCGCCUACCAGUUUGUAGUUUACCCUGAAGAAGGUGUCGGUCGAUCGAUGAACUUCGAUGCCACGAGCUAGCUGACCCACGUUCCUGUCUCGGGGACUCUCGAUACGUGGCAGAGAUUUAAACUGGAUGGUUCGUGCAAAGAUGAAUCACUCCUUUUAAGUUCCAUCGGAUACAAGAAGAGUUUUGAUCGUACUGAGUGGGAGCGCGAUCAAGGAACCGUGACCCUUAUCGCAUUCACUCCAACGAAACAUGUCCCAGCUAAACAUAAACAGCGGAAAACGCGGCAGGGGUGUUGUGAGCACCUCAGUGGUGGCCACGCUGGGUAGUUCGACCGACCUGACCAGCCUGUUCGAGUGUCCAGUUUGCUUUGACUAUGUACUGCCACCUAUCUUACAGUGUCAAAGUGGACAUCUUGUCUGUAGCAAUUGCCGGCCAAAGCUCACUUGCUGUCCCACCUGCCGUGGCCCUCUAGGUAACAUUCGUAAUCUGGCAAUGGAAAAGGUAGCAAGCAACGUUAUGUUCCCCUGCAAAUACUCUACCAGUGGGUGUACAGUAAUGCUAAUGCACACCGAAAAGCCAGAACACGAGGAUGUCUGCGAAUUCCGUCCGUACAGCUGCCCGUGUCCUGGUGCCUCGUGUAAAUGGCAGGGUUCUCUUGAACAAGUAAUGCCUCAUCUUGUAAUGAACCAUAAAAGCAUUACCACGCUUCAAGGUGAAGACAUAGUGUUCUUGGCAACUGAUAUUAAUUUACCUGGAGCUGUCGAUUGGGUGAUGAUGCAGUCGUGCUUUAAUCACAACUUUAUGCUUGUACUUGAGAAACAAGAAAAGUACGAUGGACACCAACAAUUCUUCGCUAUCGUUCAAUUGAUCGGAUCACGUAAGCAGGCUGAGAACUUUGCUUACAGAUUAGAAUUAAACGGUCAUCGACGACGACUUACUUGGGAGGCGAUGCCGCGUUCGAUACACGAAGGGGUUUCCUCGGCUAUCAUGAACUCGGACUGCCUGGUCUUCGACACGUCAAUCGCCCAGCUGUUCGCCGACAACGGCAACCUGGGAAUCAACGUGACCAUCUCCAUGGCAUGAGAGAAACCAUAGAAACCACUUUGAAAUUGUUCAAACCGCGCUCUCCGAGGCGAGACUUGCAGACGUUGGAGAAUCCCCCGCUUUGGGAUGACGUUUUCACGCGACUCCGUUGAACGCAGUACUGAUGUGGACAUCGGAACGAACUCGGGACGCAUCUGGAGCCUCAUCGCUCGCACACUAUCGGUAAGAGGAAGACUUUGUUUAAAAGCUUUAAGACAUGCUUCUUUGUGAUAUUAAUAUUUUAGACCACUCGUAUAAUUAACGGCUUCGUAAGGAAUCUGUACUAGUAUGACUUGAAGCUUUUACACCGAGUAUGAGACUUGAUUCGAAUAAGUACCUGGCACCGGUUACGCUUUUGUCAAAGCCUUCAACGUUACGGAGUUCACGUUUGAUUUAGAAUCCUUAUUCCGAGAUUCAGAACUAGCGAAAGGUUUGGUACUCGCAAAAGGAUGAUCAUCUCUAACGUGUCCUAGGUGCUUCCGCGAUGUGACUACGAGUCGGGAUGAUCUUUUUCCCAGUACUCCGAAGAAAGAUCUUCAUCCUCUGAUAGAUUAAUUUAGCUAGCGGGUAGGGCGUUUUUCGUUUCUUUCAAUCGAAUUAAAUUUACUUGGUGCCAUAAAGAUCCGGUUGGUAUAAAUGUUUGGCUAUGGUAAAUGGUGACAGUCCUCGAUUAACUAAAUUUAUUAAUUUUGAAUGACGACGAUCUUUUUGGAAAGUAAACUACGCGACUUAGUGUCUAUUAUAUGAAAAGGUUCUGUAGUUCCAAUUUGGAUUUGCUUCUACGAUUUUUUUUCUUUUUUUUUUUACUGUAUUAUGUGAGAUUAUUUCUCAGGUAAUUUUUUUGUUUGUCAAUUUACUGGCGUUCUUGAAUACUUGUAAGAAUUUUCGAGUGACUGAACGGCAGAGUAUUUUGAUAUACUCUACCUAAACAGACAAUUGAGGUAAUGCCGUAAAGAAUUUAAAUAGAAAAUAACCCAUUCUUAAUGUUUCAACCUGUGCCAAAUAAUAUUGGAAGUAAAUCCAAGGUGGAACAUUUCGAACCUUUACUCGUUAGUCCCCUAGCUUAAGAUUAUACCGGUAACGCGAUGGUGACGAAACAAACGAGGAACUAUCCGAAAAAAAGGAUACAACCUUGAGAUUUCUUUGACUCGUAUCACACACUCGGUUUAAAUGCGAUAUUUUAAUGCCGAAUCUUUUCUCCUUCUCGCCACAGAGUUUCUUCUAAAGAGUUCUAAGAGCUGAGAAAGCGUAACUAAUUCUCUUGAUAUUUAUCGACUGGAUGCCUUGAAUAUUCACCAUACUUUUCACCACACGAUAGAAAUCAUCAGUGCACUUGUACAGACUUCGUAACUCUUUUAAUCUUUGUACCACCAACUCUACCGAGCCUUCUCUGCGCAUGCAGCGGAAACGGACGCAUUCUAGUUUGUUGCAAACCAGACGCAACAUCUACUUUUGUAACUAUUUAUUAACAAAACGAAGAAAAAUGAAUACUAAGUCGUAAGGUUUCGAGCGAAGCCCGCGUCGUCGUCGUCGCAGGUAUUAGACGCUCCCACUUUUUGCGAUUCUGCGCUGCACCUCUUGGAUGCAUUAAGUUUGUCACGUUUCGACCAACUCUCGCCUUUUUAUCUUUCCCCUCUAGCGACACGUCUUGAGGUUUUUAAAAUCGCCUUUGUUUUCACCCUCCCCCUUUUUGUACUUCUUGCAGAUUUAACGUUCCAAUGUCUUUUCCUUUCAGGAAGUGUUUAUUCCUCUAAAAGGUAGAGCUCGUUUUAAUUCACCUGAGAACAGUUUUGUCUUGUUCAUUUCGUUCUGUCGAGUCUCGGGAAAACCAUGCAAGAAAAACAAAAUGUAUUUAUGGCGUUUUCCCCUUACACCCUUGAUUCGUUUUAUUUAUUUUACUAAUAACCUGUAUAUUUAUACGGUACGUCACGAAACAGCGAAAAAUUCCGCGGAGAUGGUUCAGGGAAGGAACUCGUGGGAAUUUUUCGGGUGAACUCGAUUAACGAUUGCCUCAAUCGAUGCCCAAUUAUUUCUCUUUUGCCUCGAUCGGCGCACGGGUCGCUUCGCACUUUUUUCGGACACGUUGAUUUCCUGAACCAUGUUCCGCUUGCUUCGCAAGUGUAGUACGUAAGUCUCUAGCUGCGUGUGAAACUAAUCGGUCAAUUGUACAGGGUAUCAAAAUCGAAUCCUUUUCGACUGGGUUUACCCGCUCGAGUUUCUACACAGAAAUCACGUGGCUAACAUGCUGGACAUUACAUAAAACACGUUAAUUUAUUAUCGGGCACAGUUUAGACUGCUCGUUUUCAACGAACGACCUGAAAUUAAUUCCCUGAAAAUUUAUUUACCUUUUUUUCCGAGAUCGCCCGGCUUACGUCCAGUAAAUAUUCUCGGUCGUGUUAUUCGACGUAUGGAAUUUCCUUCGACUCUCGAAGUUACCCAUUAAAAAGGCACGAGUUGCCACUCAAGAAAUUGCGUACUUGGUGCUGUUAUUUAGGGGAAUGUCGUUUCGCACUUCUCGACGCCCUGUGUCGGAACGUUAUGCAAAUUGUACGCGGUAAUAUCUUUUCAUUUCCCUUGAUUUAAUCGCCUCGCUUCGGUCGUAGUCUUACAUGCUGAUUGAAGCUUCAGCGAGACGGAUCGUUGUUGUAUCUAGACAAAUUCGCUAUGUGAUACGAUUAUAAGUAAUGUAAUUCAGCGUGCCGAUGUAACGAUAUUGGACGAGAAGACACUCUCGCAGAAAUAAAAUUAAGGGAACCAAGUGUGUUACGUACAUGCCCGCGCACAUAGAAACUACUUAAAAUAAUCAGGUUUACAUUAACGUGUAUGCAGAGGAGUAGGUAUCCAAUUUAGCUAGACUCAAAUCGGGCUCCGACUACUUUUUCGGCGGUUAAUCAUAAAACUGAAACGCGACUCGAGGUCUGAUUACAAUGUUGUUACUCCCAAGAGCUGAGGAGGGGGGGGGGGGAAGAAGAAAAAAGAUCUAACUUUCAUCUGGUCUCAAUGUUUGAACUUCACGUCCAAAUAAAAUCCUAACACCGUUCACAGGGGAAGAAAAAUCUUGCUGUCAUUACCGCGGACUUAGGCGCCGGUCGCAACUUAGGAUUACCAACCGAAAAAUAUAUAUAUUGCCAGCAGACGUGUAUCGAUUGUCGUGCCAAUUAAUUGAAUCGAUCCGGUUCGCGAGGGGCUGUGCGUGUUGAAAUCGAAAAAAAAUUCUCCUUUAUUUUCGGACAACGUGAAAGCUCGGGGUACGAUUCGAGGACAGCCGAGGUUUUUUUCGCGUCCUCGCAAUUGUACAUCAGAAACUUUUGGCGCAUCGAUUAUGGAAAAACGCGCAAGGUGUCCGCUGUCGAAACUUAGUAUUACGAAAGUAUGUAUAUUUUUCCUCGUAGCGUUUUAACGAUUACGAUCGCCCGACACUCGUCAUAUUCGUUAUACUUAUCGUUGGGGUUUUAAGAGCCGCAGCAUGCAGACGGUGUAUUAAACGUAAAAAUGCUACAAUCGCAGUGUGUCUGUCGACUUCUUCCCGUAUACUCCCGGUGGCGUUCUGUGAAUCUAGUUUUCCCUUUUACUAUAAUAAUAACGGUUACGUUGUAAUAUGCGUUAUAAUACCUCGAUAAGUUUUAGUUCGUCUCUCUGUCUCGAACCGUACGAGGGGAAACCCUUGUUUCUCCUCUCCCAUAGAAAACAACGUCUCCGAUAACUGAUGUUGAUAACUAACGAAUGAUACGACGACGCGCUCGCGCAUCAGUAUGGCGCGUUUCCACGAUCCGAAGGAAAGUCUGCAUUUUGAUUCCUCGAUGCAGGAGAGAUGCUUAAUCCUCUUAAGAACCGUAAUAAACAUUUGUGUUCAUACGUUUAUAUUAUAAUUUAACGAGUGCGGACGUAGGCAACCAAUUGGUAACCCGUCGUGGCGAACCUUCGUUUUUCGAGUUUAAGUCUAAUCUGGGGGUGAGGUCUUUGCACAUCCAAGAUGACGCGUUGCGUCCAUGUACAGCUACCUAAGAAAAGUGACGAUUCAAAAUCGUGCGUCUUUUAGAAUUAAGCGAUUCGUAUGAAAUUCCCACGUGUACAGUACUCGAUUUUUAAACGGAAUGACGACAAGAUGCAUGGAAAUGAAGCGAGAAAAUUACAGAGCGAGCCUCACGAGGAUGCUGUAACGUUCUCUUCGUUUUCGAAAUUCGAUUCCGUUUGUGCGGAGAUUCACGUGACCAGAUUUCGGGCGGUUUAUUUAUUUAACUGGUUUUCUCUCUUGAGAAAUCGAAUCCGUUAAUUUUUCCAGGUGGUAACCAUCUGGUCGCAUCGCUUCAUCUAGAUUCGACUUUGUAACGACAAGUUAUAAUAUGCUGUUAUACGAUAGAGAUAUCUAAGAGAAUCUGUAUAUUUUGAGAGACUGCGGUCCCGUUACCAGGCAUCUCGUUUAUAGAGACUAUGCAUUCCUUCGUUUCUAACUGACUGAAUCCAAAAUGCGUUUUUCGAAUCCCUGGAAUGCCGGUCGUCAUUGAUGUUGCCGUGGAAUACAAACCAAGAUAAAUAUCCAAAGUCUGGUGGAUCUCAGUGUUGAGAGAAAGAGAGAGAGAGAGCGAGAGAGAGAAAAAAGAACCCUUCGCGGCGUAUAGAUACAUACGAACGUGCGAUGCAUAAAUUGGCUCCAGAGGUGGAAAUUAUAAUCAAGAAUUGUGAAUACCCGAAAGUCUUACGCGCCGUGUAAGCGACUAAUCGAAAUCACUUAAACAUUGCCUGGUUGAGAUGAAUCGAUCAUGGCUAGCAAACACAAGGUGAAGCCCAAAUAAAUAAUGUAUAGCACAUUGUCGACGGAACGUGUUUAUUUAAUAUUGUAAAUAUAUUUAUAAGAUAUGAAACUAUGUUCAUUCGUGUAAAACCAUGAAUAAAUCUUUUUUUUUUUUUAAGUGUUAAA